CUCUCUCGCUCGCUCACUCGCUCGCUCACUCCGAUCAAGGUCUGCUGUCACAUCGGGAGGGCUAACAGCAUCAGCUCCCCAGGAUAAACAAUUCCUGGCCAGGAAGACCUCCUAUUUGAAUUUCCAGGGCUCAGCACGGGAUAAAAAAAAAAAACAAGAGGGAAAGGCAACACCCCUGGCCGAAAAGGAAAGAGAGAGAGAGAGAGAGAGAGAGAAACAUAAAAGCGAAUCUUCUCGUAUGAGCAGACGUUAGCCAAAAAACGACGCCUCGGAUCGUAAGCAGAAGAGGAAUUUAGAAGAACGAGACCCCCAGACUGCAGGAGCCAUGGAGUUGACCGACACACUGAUCCAGCAGGAGCGGCUGCAGGCGAUAACGGAGAAGCGGAAGCGACAAACUGAAAUUGAGAACAAGCGAAGACAGUUGGAGGAUGAGAGGAGGCAGCUCCAGUAUCUUAAGUCCAAAGCUUUAAGGGAAAGAUGGCUACUGGACGGAGCCCCCUCCAGCACGUCCGUAGAAGACGAGGCCAUGAAGAAGCAGAUGCAAGAGGACGAGGCCAAAACCAAAAGCCUGGAUGAGACCAUUCAGAGACUGGAGCAGGAACUGGAGGAGCUGGAAAGUGGAGUCUCAGCCACAUCAACAAAGGAGAACCUGUCAGAAGCAGCGAAGGAGGAGACUGGGAAGACUGGGGAUGGCGUCUCAAACACUCCUGUCGGCUCCACUAAAGUGGUCCACGAGGUCCGUGUUGCUGAUGGAACAGUAGAAAAUGGAGUUCACCUCCUCAGUUCCACUGAAGUGGAGGAGCUGAUCCACAAAGCAGAUGAAGUCUCCAUGAGCGAUGUGAUCACCACCAAGGAUGGAGAAACCAUUGUCAAGAACGGCAAGAGCACAUCCCAGACUCCCAAGAAGGAGAUCACCGGCAUCGAGGCCAAACCCACCGGCACCCCCCAGAAGGCUGGUAACGGCAACAACCCCAGCCAGGAGCACCCGGUCACCAUGGUCUUCAUGGGCUAUCAGAAUGUGGAGGAUGAGGCAGAAACCAAGAAGGUGCUGGGCCUGGAGGGCACCAUCAAGGCAGAGCUGGUGGUCAUCGAGGACAGGGAAGGGAAGAUGGCCGCCGAAGACGGCAAGCAGGCGCAGCAGGACCCACCCAACGGCAGCGCGGCAGAGGCGCCGAAGGACGAGGACUGCGUCGAGAAGGGCGAGGCUGAGCAGGCAGCUGGGGAGCUCAACAGCAAGGAGAAGCAGCCAUGCAAGUGCUGCUCGGUGAUGUGAGCCGGGCACGGCCGGGACUCUCUGCAGGACGAACGAGUGACUUUGAAAUUGCAUUCUGUUGUGUAUCUUUUGAGCGACUGUUGUCCCCUCCAAACCCGCCCCAGCGCCCCCCACUUCCUUCUUUUCCUCUUUUUUUUUUUUUGUCUGUACUUUUUUUUCAAUAUCCUCUCGUGAAUCGACGCCAUGCACUCAGAUGGGUGACCACCCGAGUCUCGCCAGGCUCUCAAGCUUUGAUGGGUGGAGUGUUCCACUGAAGGUCCGCUUUCUCUGAAGGUCACUUACGCGCGUGCACACACAGACAGACACACGCACUCUGGCACGAGCCUGAGCCCAUGUGGAUGCAGCGAGCCUGGAGGCGUGGCUAAUGGCUGGCAUACCGGGCACUUGAUUCCACCUUUCUGGAUACUUCCCUUCAGGGCUGCCAUUGUCAAGCAGAUGCCCAUCGAAAUGAGCAUCUUGGGCAUAGCAGGUCCUCUUAAACUCACAUUGGCAGCUUCUCUUCUCUUUUUAUUCAUGCAUGUGGCCAAUGAAAGAUGCAGAACGAUCAAAACACUAGGUGGCAGCUACUGGGGGGCACACAGGCGACACCACAGCAGCUCCCUGGUCAUCCGUAUCACUGUGCGGGAUGAGCUCAGACAGCUCAGAUGUGGGUUAGGGGGCAGUAGAGAGCCACAUAGUCAAGAACUCACAGUGGGCGAGGGGAGUCGAGAAAUACGGGAGCUGUGAUCAGGACGUGCCACCAUCACUCAGUACUGCCCCCUCCUGGGCUGGCCAAGAUCUCGCCCUUCCAGUCUUUCAUUUUAAACUUGUCAAGGGUUAAGAUUUGAACCUUCUCAAACAAUCUUGAACAGCUGGAUGUGGCACCGUACCUGUAAAGAUGAACCUGGGGGUGCCCCCUUUAUUCAUUCAGAUCCGUCAGUGUAUGAAUCGAGUCCACCUCACGGCCAUCUUCAGUCCUCCUCACGUCUCCCAUUCUGUUACUCCACUGGGUGAUUCCUGAAUUAGUCAAACUGGUCUCGAGUCGAGUGGUCAUUGACACCCCCAGCCAAUACACAGACACAUGGAGGUCUGCUAGUGCAGUGGCCAUUAGAGUGACCACUCCUCCUGCAUUUAUGAGGAAUGGCUGGGAUUGGAGGAGAAGGAUCUGAGUGAGCACAACUGACCGUAUGGACAUCACCCUGUCUCUCACCCCAUCCUCUCGCUCUUCUCUCCCACCCUUGCCCUUUCUCGCUUUCUCACCUAUGCCCAACACCCCCCCCCCU